AUGUUCCGGCAAAUUUCCGAGGAGCUAAUCGAUGACUUCUGUCGGUGUGGGAAGCCUACUGUGCGAAAGACGUCAUGGGCCGAUGGUAAUGCGUGGCGUAGGUACUCGGCCUGUGAGAAAUACCGGAUGUUGGGUGGGUGUACAUACCAUGUUUGGGUUGACCCUCCAAUGUGUUAUAGAGCACAACAACCCAUUCCUGGGCUUCAGAAACGGGCCAAAAAUUUGGAAGAAUAA